AUGAGGGCCCAGCUCGCUCUAGCCCUUCUGCUCUUCCUCGUUGUUGCCUCCACCAGCCCCCUAGCAUUGGCCCAUGGCGAUCUUGACUAUGGCGGUGGAGUGAAGAAAUCUGAAGCUACCGGCGGAUACACCGCCGGUAUUGAGAAGAAACCCGAAGCUGUCUCGGCCAGUGUUGAGAAGAAACCCGAAGCAAUCUCCACUGAUGUGGAGAAGAAACCAGAUGCCGUCUCCGGAACAGACGUCUCCUCUAGCGCAAAGACGAAACCUGAAGUCGUCGCUGGCUAUGACAGUGCUAAGAAGAAACCUGAUGUCAGCCCCAACAAUGUUGAUGCAGAGAAGAAACCAGUAAGUGCCUCUGGCUAUGCUGGCAAGGAGAAGAAACCCGAAGGUGGCACCAAGGCUGCUAAGGAGAAGAAAUCUGAAGUUGCCUCCGUGAAGAAAUCCAAAAGAAAGAGUGAGCCCUCCCAGCCUUCCACCAUCGAGAAGAAACCCAAAAGUAAAAAUGAGAAGAAGUCCAAAGGAAAGAAUGACGCCUCUGGAUACACUGGUGCGGAGAAGAAACCAAAAGAAAAAGUAGAUACACCCAAGAAGGAGAAGCCAAAGGAGGAGGUCAUGGCUAUGAAACCUAAUAAAUACACCAAGCCAAAGGAGGAGGCGAAGAAGGAGGAGGCGAAGAAGGAGGUGACCGCGGCGACCGUCACAUCCGAUAGUUACACUGCACCGAAGAAUGCUCAGCCGGAGACGCCGGCAGCUAGCACAACUGACACUUAUGCUGCACCAAAGACUGCUCAGCCGGAGAUGGCGGCGGCUAGCACAACCGGUGGUUACCCCUAA